AUGGACGACUACAAGCCACAGAAACCGAACCUUCUCCAAUCACCGCCCAUCGACAUAACCGUCCCCUACGAUGCAGCCUGGGUCAAGGACAAGGUCAUACUUAUAACCGGAGGAGCAAGUGGUUUCGGCGCGGGCUUCGUGCGACAAUGGGUGGCCGGCGGUGCAACUGUCAUUGUGGGAGACAUCAAUGUGCAAAAAGGGGACGCACUCUGUCGUGACAUCAACAAGGACAGCAACAAUGGCGGCAAGGCGUACUUUUUACACUGCGACGUGACAGACUGGCAGUCGCAGGUCAACCUCUUCAAAGAAGCCGUCAAGAAGAGCCCACAUGGAGGCUUAGACUGCGUCGUUGCGAAUGCGGGAAUCGCAGGCCGCGACAUUCUUCAGGAAGGCGCAAACCUCGAUGCGGCCGAGCCACCCCCACCCGCCUUCAAGAUCAUGGACGUAAACCUUACGGGUGUACUCUAUACUACUCACCUCGCCUGCUUCUGGCUGCCCAAGAACCCUGGCUCGUCAGCGUGCAGCUUGAACUCAAAGCCUUCUACCACUUCCCCACGUGACCGUCAUAUACUACUGUUAGGCUCCAUUGCCUCUCUUGCACCCAUUGCAAUUCAGCCCCAAUACUGUGCCGCAAAGCAUGCAGUCCUCGGUCUGUUCAGAAGCCUGAGGGUGACCAGCGGCCUCCAGGGCAUACGCGUGAACCUUCUCUGUCCGUAUUUCAUCGACACGCCGAUUGUGACAGUCGGUGCGCGGUUCAUACUUGCAGGAGGCGGACUGGGCAAGGUCGAAGAUGUCGUCGAUGCAGGCACGCGCUUCGUUGCCGAUUCACGCAUACUGGGUCGGGCGCUUGUCGUAGGACCGAAGAUGCACGUUCGCCAAAAGGACAAUGGCGAGUGGGAGCUCAUCACCCCCGGCGCACCUGGCAGCAUUGAGACGGCAGUUUUCGAGCCUUACGCCGAUGAUUGGGAGGACCAAGAUCAGUGGAACCGUACUUUUGUAAAGAUUUUGAACAUGGUGCAGGCUGGAAGAGGCUGGGCUGGAUGGGCGCAGGACAUUAUCAAAGCAUCGCUGUACAGUCUGGGAUUCGGGCGAUGA